CUCACAAACGGAAAGAAUAGACAGCCAAACGCACGCACGCACUCAUGUGGCCUCUCUCUGCGCAUAAUGAUUCAUCAACCACCGUUUGCUCAUGAAACCGUGAUUUCAUGAGUUCAGGUCCGAUGAGUUCAUUUACGGAGCUGGGUGGUUUGUCGUGGGCCCUCGGAUGCCCCCACCCCCACCUCUCUCAUCCCGCGUCUCGACGGACCGAACGCUGCUGCUGCAGCAUCACCGGCAGCCUCCAAACUGCGUUUUCCCUGCCGCGAUGGAUCCCCGAGUAAACCGGCGAGCUGCUGUCAGAGAGACACCGCUGUAGCCGCUGUGGGCAAGGACCGACACGCAAUGACCGCAAAGAAAUGGUGCCAUAGAAUCCAACUAAGAGAUAAAGAAAGGCUAUUUUAUUUCUAGCGAUGUUAUAGGAUCGCCUUGUUUACCUUCUCGACAGAUAAGCAGCCGGGUGACUGUGAUAUUACGGCAUGUAAGAGCUGGAUAACUAUUCCUGUGUGACCGACACCCUUCUGCUGCUGAUUACAGUGAAAUGAAAAAGAAUGGGCCCAGCAGGUCAGUAGACCCGCGCUAAUUGGAGACAUGUUUUAAGGACAAUACCUCAGCCACCAUGAAAGGGUUAGGAGCCAACCGCAGUCGUCACCUUUCUGACUCGUGUGAACCAGCGGGCUGUUCCCAGAAGCCUUUGUGUCCUUUGACCUCUGACCCUCACAGCUCCUUUCUGUUGAGCCCUACUAUAAACCACUAUGGCACUCUGGACCCCCAUCUCCACCAGUGCCCUCCCACCAGCCCCACCACCUUGACUCCUGACUGCUUGCUGCCUUUCAGCCAGAUGUCCAACAGCAGCACUUUCCCUCGUCUGCAUUUUACCUCUCAGACUGACCAGGUUGACUGCUCCCAGGCCUGUAUGGCUACUGGUGGUGGAGUUGGGCAGGGCAGCAGGGCAGGGACACUAUCCACAUCCUUGUCUAUGGGUAUGGGCUUGGGUCUGGGCCUGACUGGUGCCCCUAUGAUCACCAGUGGAUCGGCCACUAUCUCGUCUGCAGCAGCAGCAAAGAUGAACCGGUUACCUUCCAGCCUACUGGAUCAGCUAGAGAGGCACCUGCCCCUACAGCGUGAUGGCUUCAGUACACUGCAGUUCCACAGAGGCCGUAUGUCAAAGCAACGCAGUGAGAGUCCAGGACGCAUACGCCACCUGAUGCAUUCUGUGCAGAAGCUGUUUGCCAAGUCUCAGUCCUUGGAAAACUCUGCAAUCAAGGGUAGCUUAAAUGGGCGCUCUGCAGGAGGAAUGACUGGGUCUACAGGAAGUGGUGAGGAUAGUGGUAGACCAACCCGCAGGAGCAAAAGUAAAGACAGGGCUAAGACUGAAGGGCAAAAGCAGAGACCUAGACCUAGUACACUAGGCCUCUGGGGCUCAGAUGAUGCCCUGGACACUGACACUACCAAAGCUGGCACUAUAGCUGUAGGUUACCGCAACCCACUGAGCAUGAUGACUCUUGGCAGAGCGGUGUCAGACAGCCAGGCCCCUCCAAGACAUAUUCCACAGGGCUAUAACACAAUUUCUGCACAUACUCUCAAGACCUCCAAAAGCAGCAGUGACCUCAAGUUUCUGGCAUGCCCAGCAACACAAGUAGGAUCCAAGGAAGAGGAAGGAAGAACUAGGGGAAGCAAGGACGAUACACUGGUGAAAAGGGGCUCUUGGUCCACUCUCACACUUACCCAGGCUAGGCAGGUGUUGCAGAAGGGCUCUGCUACAGUCAACAGGACCCUGCUUAAAUCAAAGUCAUGCCACCAAGACUUGGCACAACAGUUCCUUCAGGUCCCCCUGGGCGACUGGGCAGGAACUUUGGGUCAUGGAAGGACCAAAGGAACUGAGAUCCCUUGUCGAAGGAUGCGCAGUGGCAGUUAUGUCAAAGCUAUGGGAGACUUAGAGGACAGUGAUGACUCAGAGGGAAGCCCCAAACCUUCGCCCAAAUCUGCAGCUCGCCGCCUGAGCUACAUGAAAGCCACCCAGCAGUCACUGAGUGAGCAGCAGCCGCCACCGACGCCACGCAAGCCUCGUUGCUACGCUCUCAUGCGGGAGGAUUAUCUGUGGUCUCCUCUACAAAGUGCGUGCUCUAUGCAGCAUCUGAGCACCCUGCCGUCCCUGAAAGAGCUGUCCACUAAUCGGAGCCUUGAUAACUUAGACUGCCUGGUGAGUCCUUUAGAGGCCCCUCCACGCCACAGGAACAAUGAUUUCAGCCAAUGCUCUGGUACACUGGGCAGAGGCUCGGGCACUCAGCGUGUGAGUCUGCACACGUUCUUUCAGGUAUGCGGGCAGGGCUGUGGGCACUCUGUACCGUACUGUGAGGGGGAAUCGCAGGCUGUGGAGGCUCUGGAUCUGCCUGCGCCUACGUGCUUCCGGUCGCGCAGCCAUAGCUACCUGCGGGCCAUCCAAGCAGGCUGCUCCCAGGAUGAAGAUACAGCUUCUGUGGAUUCAGAGUCACCACCACCCACCACUCCAGGCUAUAGCUACAGCUCCAACACCACAGUCAGCAAUAGGAAAGCUCCUCCUCCAGUCCCUCCCCGUACCACCUCCAAGCCCCUCAUCUCAGUGACAUUGCAGAGCAGCACCGAGUCAGCCCAAGACAUAUACCUUGACCAGCAGGACCGUGGCAGUGAGGUCAACAGCCAGUCAGGACGGAGCAACUCCUCUGACAGCCUCUGUAGCAUACGCACGGGUAGCCUGGCUAAGGGGACACAGCCUCCACCAGCGCCUGUCCCUGCUGCAACCCCAGCACCAUCUGCAGGCUCCAUACCUCCUGUUCCAGCCCCCCGUGACCUCCCACCUACCACCACCACAACCACUACUGUUGCUACAAGUACCACUUCCACAUCUACUCAGUCCCAAAAUGACACCCUAAGCAGUGGUACCACCCUAGAGCAGCCCCCGACUGCAUCCAAGAGGAAACUUUCCUCUAUUGGAAUUCAAGUGGAUUGUCUUCUGCCAGUUCCAAGAGAAGAACCCCUGCCACUGGCUACACCUCUUAAGUUUCAGUCAAUUGGAGUUCAAGUUGAAAACGGCAGGCCUCUCAGCCGGGACAGCAGCAUGGCCUCCAGACAAAAUACAGAGACUGAACCUCAGGAGCCUAAGGAUGCCGCACCCAUAGAAAACAACACAACCAACUGCGCCAACAGUCAGACGGUGAAUACUGCGCCGAACGGACAGGACAAAGCCAUGGAGCAGCAGCCACUUAAACACAACUCAGCACCAUCCAGGAUAUCCAUCUCACCCCCAGAGACUCUCGACCCAGCUUUAGACCCCUCCUCGUUGCCGCCUCCAGAUCCCAGCCUCGAGUCUGGAAACUGCAGCAGCCAGGGAGAUGCUGUUCAGCCUAGCACGCCAGCAUGUCUCAGAGACGGCAACUGGUUUCUGAAGCUACUGCAGGCUGAAACAGGCCGCAUGGAGGGAUGGUGUCAGCAGAUGGAGCAGGAGACCAAAGACAACAAGCUCUCAGAGGAGGUUUUGGGGACGAUCCGCAGUGCAGUAGGCAGUGCUCAGCUCCUCAUAUCACAGAAGUUUGAGCAGUUCAGAGGGCUCUGUAAUGAGAACUUGAAUAUAAAUGCCAACCCACGACCAACAUCGCAGGACCUUGCAGGGUUCUGGGAUCUGCUACAGCUCUCGAUAGAAGACAUCAGUAUGAAGUUUGAUGAGCUCUACCAACUUAAAGCCAACAACUGGCAGCUUCCUGAAAAGAAGGAUGAAAACAAGCAGCUUCCAUCAUCUGUGCCAAAGAAGCAGAGUAAGCCGCGGCUGUCAGCAGAGAAGGACAAGAGCGUAGACUCUGCUGCAGACAAGCAGCGGCAAGAAGCCAGAAAAAGGUUGAUGGCAGCAAAGCGCGCGGCAUCAGUACGACAGAACUCCGCCACAGAAAGUGCUGACAGCAUCGAAAUCUACGUCCCCGAGGCACAGACCCGCCUCUGAGAGCAAACCAGCACCGAUCAAAAAAUUCCUAACGCACUUCAGACAUUCAUUGACACAACACAAAUCUGAGACACACACACAAAAUAUAUAUAUCUAUAUAUAUAUAUAUAUUGGAUGCACAGAGGCCGAUCCCUCAUAGCAGCACAGGAGAUAUGUGGGGAUCACAAAUAAUCAAGAAAAAUGCAGAUCACCAACCUGCUGCCAUGGGACAGAAGUAACCUUGACAGAUGUUAAAUACUAUUGUUAUUAUUGUUAUUAUUGAUAUUCUAAUAAUUAUUAUUAUCUCCUAAAGUAUUUCAAGACUGUCUUAAAUGUGCAAGUAUCUUCGAUAAGGACAUCCUGUACCUUGUGAGCUGAAGAAUCUUGGUAUCCCAGAAGUUUACUCUCUUAAAAACUCCCUUCACUGCUGAGUCUACCGGCAAGUUGCGGCUGCCAGGUUUACGAGCUGAGCGACCAUCCACACACACUCAGGACACACAUGCAGGUGUACUCACUGUCCACAGAGUCUUCCUGUUCUCUCUCUUUGUAUUUGGCUGCAACUCGUUGGGUGUGGUGUGUACGCUUUACUGUGUAAGAAUUAUAAGAUGGCGUUAGUGUACUCAGAGGUUUAAAAUGCAGAGAACCAGAGGAAGGCAGUAGCAUAUAUAUUAUAAAUAUCACACUAUUACAAUGUUCAUUUUGUAAAUGUUGUAUACCAGAUUAUUUGUUAGAAAGAGGUCAGUGUUCAGUACCAAGGUAGUUUUUUAUAGAUCGAGUACAUUUACUGUCAUGAUAUAUUAGCACUUGAUGCAAUCAUUCACUCCCCAUUUAUCUUCCUCUCCUUUUCACCAGUGCACAUUACACAGUCUGUGGAUACCCAUUCUUAAAGUCUUACUUUGGUUAGUUUUUGGUAAGGGAGAUGAGGAAGGAUCGCCCAGCCAGUGAGGAAAAAGUGGAAUGUAUGAAAUGUAUGCGUUUGCAGCUCAUGUUGACUUGAUCACUGCACUUUCCAUUCACCUCAGAUCAAGUUUGCCCACCUUUUGUUAUCCUAAUCAUUCUGACUUUCACUACAUCCUCACGCGAUGUAGGGGGACCAAGACAUUCACCACUUGAUAUGGCAUUCCCAUUCAACCAGACUUGUGUGUGAGGGUGGGGGUUAUCUUGCUUCUGGAAAGAAAAUGGAAUAGCAUAGCAAUAAUAAAAUCAUUAGAACAAGCAAUGCAGUAGGUACCCAGUCUUAAGUUAUUUAAUCAACAUUUCCAGUAGGACUUUGUUAGCAUGAAGGAUGAAUGUUUGUUUUUUUUUUCUUGUUCUUCUAUGAACUAACUUUCCUUAAAAUGACAAGAAUCUCAGGUUGAACACUUAAGCUCAACAGUAAAAACCACUAUGGAUGGAAUAUUUAUUAUACAGCCUCUGGGCCAAAAUCUUGGAGCCUUUGCCAAAUAUUCCAUAGGACUCCAGGCCUCCAUGGUGUUCUUCUAUAAGGAAAAGGACUUUUUGGUAAGGUUCGGUGAUGUAACAAAAGGGGUUAGUUUGACUCCUCUGAAAUCACGAUUCCCUUACUCCCCUUUCUAGCAGCUAGAACUCCCACCCCUUUUGAAAACGAAGAACUGUGGUACAAUGUUUGUUUUGGGGGUUUUUUGGUUUUUUUAUGCCAUUUGACACAUUUUUGUGACAUUCAUCUGAAAUGAGAUCAAUCUAAAUAUGCGUGGAUUUAUGUAAUUUACAAUAAUAAAUGGUGCUGCGAGGGAUUUCAUAUUGUGCCAACGUGGCAAUGAUCAUCAACCUUUUAGUUUCAUCUUAUUAGGAUUUUAUUUAAUGUUAUUAUUAUUUAAUCUGCUCAUGAAUUCAGUUGCCUGUGUGUGCAUUCUCAGAAACGUUUGUGUUUGCAUCUGCUCACUCCAGAUAUGCUAUGCCUCAUCUCUGUAUAAGCUCAUGACACUUUGGCUAUGGGACUGGAAUAGUUUCCAUGUUUCCAGUUUCUUAAAUGGAAACUCAAGUGCCAAGGGUAUAUAAGUGGAACAGGGCAUAGCACAUACUCAUGCAAAAGUGUAGGUAGUGUAGGUUGACUCACUUUUUCUUUUUUCCUUUUUUUCUUUUUUUUUUCUUUUUUUUUUUUUUUGUGUUGCAAGAACUGGCUCUCCCCCUACUGGUCAGUUCUUUGCAUGACACUCCAGACAUUUUGUUCUGCUCCAUUUUGAAUUUUUAGUUAACAUCCAAAAAGACACGAAGUUGAGCUGGGAAUGCUGACACAACACUGCGUUGUCAAAUUUCUUAUUCUCUUAUUUGUAUUACAUCAACAAUGGACAUGUGCAUUUCAUUGUCCAAAGAAAUCAUUAAACAUCCCUUUGCUACA